AUGUGUUCACACUUACGCAUUCAUUAUCAUGUAAUGACAAGUCAGCCUAACCUGAAUAGUCCUCAGUUUCUUUGUCACUGUAGACAUGUACAAAGAAUAAUCUCUCUCUCUCUUCUUCUUGUACAAUCUAUAUCUCUCUUACACACACACACACACACACACACACACACUCCCUCUCUCUCUCUCUCUCUCUCAACAUUUCUCUCUGCCUUUCUCUUUAUCUCUCUCUGCCUUUCUCUUUAUCUCUCUCUGCCUUUCUCUUUAUCUCUCUCUGCCUUUCUCUUUAUCUCUCUCUGCCUUUCUCUUUAUCUCUCUCUGCCUUUCUCUUUAUCUCUCUCUGCCUUUCUCUUUAUCUCUCUCUGCCUUUCUCUUUAUCUCUCUCUGCCUUUCUCUUUAUCUCUCUCACUCUCUCAGCCUUUCUCUUUAUCCAUUGUGCUAUCUCUCUCUGUCUUUGUCUCUUGCUCUCUGUCUUUGUCUCUUGCUCUCUGUCUUUGUCUCUUGCUCUCUAUCUUUCUCUUGCUCUGUCUUUUUCUCUUGCUCUAUCUUGCUCUCACCCCCACUCUCUGCUUUUCUUUGUCUCUUGCUCUCUCUCUCCCCCUCUCUCCUUUUCUAUGUCUCUUGCUCUCUCUCUCCCCCGCUCUGCUUUUCUUUGUCUCUUGCUCUCUCCCCCUCUCUGCUAUUCUUUGUCUCUUGCUCUCUCCCUCUCUCUGCUUUUCUUUGUCUCUUGCUCUCUCUGCUUUUCUUUGUUUCUUGCUCUCCUUCUAUGUCUCUUUCUCUCCCUCUGUCUCUCUUUCUCUUUGUCUCUUGCUCUCCCUCCCUCUAUCUCUUUCUCUCUGUCUCUUGCUCUCCCUCUCUCUCUUUCUCUUUGUCUCUUGCCCCCCCUCUCUCAUAUAUUUUCCUAUUUUCUUUCUCUAUCUCUCCUGUUUUUAUUCCCUUCUUUUCUUUUAUUCUGUCACUUUCUUUACUUUUGUAUUGUUUCAUUUCUUUUUCAUUCUCUGUUCUUUACCUUUUCUCUCACUCUCAGCACUUUAUAUUUGCCUUUUUCUCAAAUUCUUUUCUUUCUUCGUUAUUGUUUCCUUUACCCACACCCCAUAUUCUCAUCAUAAAUCAUUAUAUCAUAUCAUUAUCAUAAAUUAUAUAAAUCAUAUCAUAAACAUAAUUUCAAAACAUUUUCUCUCUGUCUUUGUCUCUUGCUCUCUCUGUCUUUGUCUCUUGCUCUCUCUGUCUUUGUCUCUUGCUCUCUCUGUCUUUGUCUCUUGCUCUCUGUGUCUUUGUCUCUUGCUCUCUCUGUCUUUGUCUCUUGCUCUCUCUGUCUUUGUCUCUUGCUCUCUUCAUGGUCAUUUGUUUAUUUUUGUAUUCUCAAAUAUACCAAAAAAUAUUACCUCAUAA